AACGGUUGGUGUCUUUGGUUGGUCAGCCAAAAUAGCUAGCUUAGGCCCUUUAGCUACAUUCACUGAAUAGGCUGUAACACUUUUGUUCGUUGUUAGCUACGUAGUGCUAGCUAGCUAGCUAGCUGGUAAAAUAACAUGGUGAAGACUGUCAGACAGUUCAGUUCAUCGGCUCUUUUUAAAUAAGAGGUAGAACAAAGCUGGUAAAUGAUGUAUUCGAAACUUAUAAAAUUAAGUAUAAUGUAUGAAUAGUAAUAAUUUUUGCUUUUGCUCGCUAGCAAACAAGUUCGCUAACUAGUUAUGAGAACUAGCAAAGAAGUCCAAAUUAAAAGCCAGAUAACUAGCUAGCUAAGAAGACAUGGCCACCACCAGUGAAGAACGACAAUACCGACGGCCCCGAGUGAGUAUCAAACAGGAGCAGGACGAUGAUUCGGACACCGAGGAAUCUCAUCUGGGCUUCAGGAAGUCGGAUGGACGCGACUCUCAGAUAAUCCACAGCGGUCACUUCAUGGUGUCCUCGCCGCACAUUGAACACCCACCAAAAAAAGGUUACGACUUCGACACUGUCAACAAACAAACCUGUAGAACUUAUCACUUCGGGAAGACAAGUACAUCACAUCUCUCCAUUGACGCGUCGUUGACAAAACUUUUCGAAUGCAUGACUCUUGCAUACAGCGGCAAGUUAGUGUCUCCAAAAUGGAAGAACUUCAAAGGCCUGAAGCUGCUGUGGAGGGACAAGAUCAGGCUGAACAAUGCGAUCUGGAGGGCCUGGUACAUGCAAUAUGUGGAAAAGAGAGAGAACCCUGUCUGCCAUUUUGUUACCCCUCUGGAUGGGACCAUGGACACUGAAGACCAUCGUCCGGCAGAGGCAAUAGCCACUGAGGGGAAAUAUUGGAAAAGAAGAAUUGAAAUUGUAAUUCGAGAGUAUCAUAAAUGGAGGACAUAUUUCAAAAAAAGGUUACAGAAGCACAAGGAUGAUGAUCUUUCAAGUCUUCUCAAGGGGCCGGAAGAGCAGUUUUCGCUGUUUGGGGAGGUCUUUCCAGACACCUUCCGUGUGUCCAUUUGUCAGGAUGAUGAAAUGGCAGGACGCCGUGUUGCUCGUAAGAGCCGUGAAUCGCCUGUCCCCAUGGAGAUGGACCCACUCUUUGACAUGGACGUGCUGAUGUCAGAGUUUUCCGACACACUCUUCUCCACACUGGCCUCUCAUCAGCACUUGGCCUGGCCCAAUCCCAGAGAGAUAGCUCAUGCAGGGAACGCAGACAUGAUCCAGCCUGGACUCAUCCCCUUACAGCCCAACCUGGACUUCAUGGACUCCUUUGAGCCAUUACAAGACUUAUUUCACAGCCUCCGUCAGCCUAUCUUCCCCUCUGUUUCCCUCACUGCCACUCCUGUCACUCCUCCACCCAGCAUCAGCUCUCAGUCCCAGGGACAGCUACUCUCCUCCAUGCACCUCUCUGCUGAACACAGUCUUGACCACAGACUCAUCGCCGCGCCCGUCCCUUUGUCCGUCUCCUCCCAUAUUGACAGUCAGGCCAGUGAACCCAGUGAUGCCUCGUCUUACAUGCAGAACUACAUGCCCCUGUUCUCAGGGCCUGUGCCACCUAGUGUUCAGGCAGGCAGCUCUUCCCACAUGCAGCCCUCAGCACCUCCCAUCCUGCCGCACAGUCAGCCCUGCCAGGGUGCUGACAAGGCAACAAAAAUAGCCACCUCACCCCUGGACGAAACCACAAGCCUGGACGCUUCCCCACCACCGUCUGUGAAUGCACAAACGCCCUCCUCCCCGUGUACACCCAGCGAGGCCAUCGUGUUUAGUCAGGGCUCCGAGUUUAGCGCCCUAACCCGGGCGCCUCCAACAGCGCUCCUUGGGCCACAGUCGCCCUCACCUGCCGCCCCCCUUCAACACCCCCUGACUUUUGCCCUGCCAAGACCCAUCCAGCCCUCUUGCUCCAACAAAAAGACGCGCCAUGUGCAAAGGAUCGUUCCUGCCAACCCCGUCCCCUCGUCUCAUCUUAUCCUAACCGCCCCAUUCCCAGGCCACACCAGCGCAGUGAUAGUUACUCCAACUCCACUUAAAGCAGACAUGGUUCCCUCAACUGGCAUGGUUAUUGCUCCUGGAUUUCACAUCCUUCCACAGACCCAGAAGUCUCCCCAGCUAAUUAUCCCUAAAGAGGAGACCUACUCUUCGAGACGCAAAAAACAACCCCCCCCCACAGGCACUGGGAAUGAGGGGCAUAGCUCAGGUCAAGGUUCCCCGUGCGGGUCAGAGCAGGUCCCCAGUCCUCAGUCUCCCCUCAGCAGCAGCACAGCCCUCUCCAAGACUGAGUCCAACCAGAGCCGUAGGGGGACCCAUAUAUCUGCUGAACAGAAGAGGCGCUUUAACAUCAACAUUGGGUUUAAAACGCUGUGUAGCAUGGUUCCCACUCUCAAGUCACAGUCCAAUAUCAGUAACGCAGCAACCCUGCAAAAGACUGUAGAGUACAUUGGGAAGCUGCAGCAGGAGAGACAGCAGAUGCAGGAGGAGACCAAAAGGCUACGGGAAGAGAUUGAGGAGCUCAAUGCCUCCAUAAAUGUGUGUCAGGAGCUGCUGCCUGCUACAGGGGUGCCCAUUACACGCCAUCGCUUUGACUACAUGAGGGAGAAGUUUGAUGAGUAUGUGAAGAGCCGCACACUUCAGAACUGGAAGUUUUGGAUUUUCAGCAUCAUCAUUAAGCCCCUGUUUGAGUCCUUCAACGGGGCGGUUUCCACCACAAGUAAAGGAGAGUUGUGUGAGACCACACUGCAAUGGCUGGAUCGCCACUGUUCACUGCCUGUGUUGAGGCCCAGUGAGUAAACGCCUCCUGUCACUGUCUCAAUCACACAGGGCUCUGAAGUGGGGCAAAAUAUUUUGAAGAGAAGACGCUAAGUUAUUUUGUAGUGUAAACUUGCAGAUAUCCGGUAGCAACGGUGCUACUAAUAUAUUUUUUUUAUUUAGAGCCAUGCACACACAAUGUAAUUUCUCAUGAAUCAUUUUCAAAAUGCUCCGUAGUUUUUCUGUCGUGUCAGUAGUACAAAGACGAGGAGGUGAAUAGGGAAGGAUCAGCUGGGUAAUAUUUCCGUUACUGAAUACGUUAUGCUAUUUUACUUGAAUGACUGUAUGUGUAGGUGUGAGCUUGGAAGCCCAAAGCUUUUUUUUUUUAAGAAUGUUUGACACACCAUUACACCCCCAUUUUGCUUGUAAGGUAAGAUUUUCCUUCUUGUCUUGUCAUGGGCUCAUACAAGCUAUCACACACAAUCUUUUUCCUUUUACUUAAGUUGUUGAAAUAACAUCCCCUCUCUGCCCCUUGGUGUCUCAAUGCCUGAGAGGGGAUGUGAUGAUGCGGAGGGUGGUUGACGUCACAGAUUAAUAUCACCGGAGAUGGUUUCAUUUGACUGGGUUAUACUACUAAUGUGUGAUUAGUAUACUGAGCAAGAGUCAGAUGUGCAUUCUGAAGCCCUACUUGGGCUUGUUAGAUUCUUCUGUGAUGUUUUAUAAUUGGGUUUAUGGAGAAAGUGUUUUCAACUUCAUUUGUCGCACAACAUGUUACCUUUGAUGACUGUACAGCUGACUGGUCUUUCUGUUGUCAGUGGUACUGAGCACUCUUCGACAGCUCAGCACAAGCACAUCCAUCCUUACCGAUCCCUCCCUGCUGCCAGAGGAAGCCACCCAGGCUGCCAACAACACCCACAGGCACUCUGCAGACUCCUAGCCGCACCCUAGGAGAAGACUGAGUCAUGUGGUGGGCGUGGUUAUACUGGAGUACCCCCAGUUAGAGCACUCCGCUGAGGAUCUCUUCCACAGUAUAUGACAGGAUGGAACAGCACCAGCACUCGUUUGCCUUAAUCUACAGUGGUUUUCCAUCUAUCACCUUCAGGGUUGGGGAGUAACAUAUUUCAUGUGAUGAAUUACGUGCUAUCUGAGUUAUAAUAAAACUGUUCUGUAAUCAUUUACAUUACCGGCAAAAAAUACUGAAAUAAGAUUAGUUUCAGGAGGGAAAAAAAACUCAUGAUUA